UAAGGUUAGAGGCAUCCGUAAAGUGCUGACCUCUGUCCGAGGAAUUCGGAAAUAGAUAACAGCUUAUCCCUCUCAACGGAUAACACCUGUCGUGCCUUUGCAAUAAAGUAGUACGCGAAUACGAGGCGUACAUCGAGUAAGUGUUGAUAAAUUUCGUGCAUUCUAUUACGGGUGGGUCGAGUGAAUAGGAGUGAAAAAUAUUCAUGUAUCGCCGGUGACAAUAGUCCCAAGUAUCGUAAACAGUAACAGUAUUCAAAGUUCUUCCUUUUAAGUGCAUCUUGUUCACCGUGUGGACUUUAUUUUGUUGAAUUGUCCCCACGAGAAAAUCGAAUGACAGAAGACGCACGAAAAGCUGAUCCUAACCUCCAGGAGGGCCAAGCGGCUCCACCGCGUAAGAUUCGUCAUCGGAAAGCAAAAGAGAGGACAGCGUCGGUGCCAGGAGCUACCGGAAGGAAGGAUCUUGGUAGUGAAGAACCCGGAAGUAGAGGAGCGACGUAAAUAUUGGAGGAAGACAAGGUGUACCGAAGGAACUAAAACUUCGCAGUUUCAAGAAUCCUACCACUGGGUAUGCUACGGGGUCUUCUGGAUGCAGUCUUCGGCUACUGCAUUUUCUGUGCCCUGAUCAUCCCUGCUGCUGGAAUUCUCUUGUGCGCUUGGACCAGGACAUUCCUUCUCGAAGCUUUGUCCCCUGGAGGGAGGUUAUUGUUUGUGAUUUUUGUAGGGGUGCGCGAUCUUAUUGCUCGAGCUCCUUAUCCUUGGGGUAACACCUACCGCGAGGACAGACAGCAAUCAGAUCAACUAAGUCCGGCACGCGAAGUUCGUGAAAAAGAGAAGAAACUCGAGGCCGAGAUGUCCGAGGGUGAUCUGGAAUCCGGGACUCCGGUGAGUUUCGUCGUAGGCGAUCCGGAUCCCAGUGAGGAACUUGAAACAGAGGAUAGCUUUCCCAGUGAUGGAAAUGAUGGAAGUCUACAACAGCCUAUCAUACCUGGACUCGCUGAGCGCCGCAAGCGUCUCAGGCCCAGCAUGUCGCAGGGCACGGUGAUGAUUCAAACGCAGAGCCGCCAGCAAGAGAAGGAUUUCACUAUUGCGACACCUGAAGAAUUCGUGCGUCGUUUUGGAGGUACCAGAGUCAUCAAUAAGGUAUUGAUUGCCAACAACGGAAUUGCUGCUGUAAAAUGUAUGAGAUCAGUUCGUCGUUGGUCCUACGAGAUGUUCAAAAACGAACGCGCCAUUCGUUUUGUCGUGAUGGUCACCCCGGAGGACCUGAAGGCUAAUGCGGAGUACAUAAAAAUGGCUGACCAAUAUGUACCUGUACCUGGAGGAACGAAUAAUAAUAAUUAUGCUAAUGUGGAACUGAUCAUAGACAUUGCAAUUCGAACUCAGGUACAUGCCGUAUGGGCUGGUUGGGGUCAUGCUUCAGAAAAUCCUAAGCUACCUGAACUGCUGCACAAAAAUAAUAUUAUUUUUAUCGGACCGUCUGAAAGAGCUAUGUGGGCUCUUGGUGAUAAAAUUGCAUCGAGUAUAGUCGCUCAAACCGCUGAAGUACCUACAUUGCCAUGGUCUGGUUCUGAACUGAAAGCUCAUUAUAGCGGAAAGAAAAUUAAAAUAUCGUCGGAACUUUUCAAGAAAGGAUGCAUAUCCACCGUGGAGGAAUGUCUGGCUGCGGCGAAUAAAAUUGGAUUUCCCAUUAUGGUGAAAGCCAGUGAGGGUGGUGGUGGUAAAGGAAUUCGAAAGGUUGAAAAUGCCGAGGAGCUUCCUGCGUUAUUCAGACAAGUGCAAACGGAAAUUCCUGGUUCUCCUAUUUUCAUCAUGAAACUUGCUAAGUGCGCUCGUCACUUGGAAGUGCAAUUACUUGCCGAUAAUUAUGGAAAUGCUAUUUCUCUAUUUGGUCGUGAUUGUUCUAUUCAGAGGAGACAUCAGAAAAUUAUUGAGGAGGCACCGGCUGUUAUUGCGAAACCGGAAGUCUUUGAGGAGAUGGAGAAGGCAGCUGUUAGGUUAGCUAAGAUGGUGGGAUACGUAAGCGCUGGCACCGUCGAAUAUCUUUACGAUACUUCUGGCAGUUAUUAUUUCCUGGAGUUGAACCCUCGUCUUCAAGUGGAGCAUCCCUGUACAGAAAUGGUGUCUGACGUUAAUCUACCUGCGGCACAGCUUCAAGUAGCCAUGGGUCUACCGCUUCAUUAUAUCAAAGAUAUUCGUCUUCUUUAUGGCGAGAGUCCAUGGGGAGAUAACUCAAUUGAUUUCGAUCAGCCGCGGCAUAAACCUCAACCAUGGGGCCAUGUUAUCGCCGCCCGUAUUACUAGUGAAAAUCCUGACGAAGGGUUUAAGCCAAGUUCUGGAACAGUACAGGAGCUAAAUUUCCGUUCAUCAAAAAACGUAUGGGGUUACUUCUCCGUAGGAGCUUCUGGGGGUCUUCACGAGUUCGCUGACUCGCAGUUUGGUCAUUGUUUCUCAUGGGGAGAGGAUCGUCAUCAGGCUCGUGAAAAUCUUGUUAUCGCUCUCAAAGAAUUGAGUAUCCGUGGUGACUUUAGGACCACGGUCGAGUAUCUAAUUACUCUCUUGGAAACAGAAGCUUUCCAAACAAAUAAUAUUGACACCGCUUGGCUCGAUCUUCUCAUAUCAGAAAGGGUUCGAAGUGAGAAACCAGAUGUUUUACUAGCUGUUACCUGCGGUGCUCUACAUAUUGCUGAUAGAACUAUCAAUGCCGCCUUUUCUGGCUUCCAAGCGGCACUCGAAAGGGGUCAGAUACAAGCUAGUAAUGAUUUAGACAAUGUGGUUGAUGUGGAGUUAAUCAAUGAUGGAUAUAAGUACAAAGUACAAGUUGCCAAGUCCGGUCCGAAUACAUAUUUUCUUGUGAUGAAUGGUUCCUAUAAAGAAGUUGAAGUUCAUAGUCUAUCCGAUGGUGGUUUAUUGCUGUCUUUAGAUGGUGCCAGUUUUACAACGUACAUGAGAGAAGAAGUGGACCGUUACCGUAUUGUGAUCGGAAACCAAACGUGCAUCUUUGAAAAGGAUAAUGAUCCUUCUUUAUUGAGAUCUCCGUCUGCUGGAAAGCUCAUAAAUUUCAUGGUCGAGGAUGGCGGUCAUGUUGAAGCUGGGCAAGCCUAUGCCGAAAUUGAAGUUAUGAAAAUGGUGAUGACUGUUACAGCCGGUGAAGCUGGUAGUAUAUUUUACGUGAAGAGACCUGGUGCUGUCCUUGAUGCUGGUGUGCUAAUUGCUCACUUGGAAUUGGACGAUCCGUCUUUGGUAACGAAAGCACAAGAAUAUACAGGUCAAUUCCCAGUACCAGUUGUACCGGCUAUACCAGAAAAGUUAAAUCAUCUUCAUGCAAAAUACAGAACUGCCUUGGAGAAUACUCUCGCCGGCUACUGUUUGCCUGAUCCUUAUCAUUUACCAAGAUUACGUGAACUCAUUGAGAAGUUCAUGUAUUCUCUCCGCGAUCCGAGCCUACCUUUACUGGAACUUCAAGAAGUCAUUGCAACUAUUUCCGGAAGAAUACCCAUUUCCGUAGAGAAGAAAAUCAGGAAACUGAUGACUCUCUAUGAGAGGAACAUCACAUCUGUACUUGCGCAAUUUCCGAGCCAGCAAAUUGCUGCCGUAAUCGAUGGACAUGCAGCAACACUUUCAAAGAGAACGGAAAGGGACGUGUUCUUCCUUACGACUCAGGCGAUUGUUCAGCUAGUGCAAAGAUAUCGUAAUGGUAUACGUGGUAGAAUGAAAACAGCCGUACAUGAACUUCUUCGACAAUAUUACACCGUAGAAAGUCAAUUCCAACAGGGUCAUUAUGAUAAAUGUGUGUCAGCAUUGAUAGAACAGUUCAAGGAUGACAUGGCGAUGGUAACUGCGACAAUUUUCAGCCAUAACCAUGUGACAAAGAAAAAUGUCUUAGUUACUAUGCUUAUAGAUCAUCUAUGGGCAAAUGAACCAGGUCUCACUGAUGAGUUAGCCAGCACCUUGACUGAAUUAACUAGUCUCAAUCGUACAGAACACAGCCGUGUCGCCCUAAGAGCUAGACAAGUCUUGAUUGCUGCUCAUCAACCAGCUUACGAACUGAGACACAAUCAGAUGGAAUCUAUUUUCUUGUCUGCUGUGGAUAUGUACGGUCACGAUUUCCAUCCUGAAAAUCUUCAGAAACUCAUUUUGUCGGAGACGUCCAUCUUUGACAUACUUCAUGACUUCUUCUAUCAUUCUAAUCGUGCUGUUUGCAAUGCAGCUCUUGAGGUAUAUGUACGCAGGGCAUAUAUCAGUUAUGAAUUGACCUGUCUACAACACUUGGAAUUGUCCGGUGAAAUUCCUUUGGUGCACUUCCAAUUUUUGUUGCCAACCAAUCAUCCCAAUAGGCAGAAUCAAUCCUUGAUAAAUCAUAGAACCGGAGCAAUGGCUGCUUUCGAAGAUCUUGAACAGUUUAGUCAGUAUUCUGAUGAAGUUCUUGAUUUAUUGGAGGAUCUCUCAUCACCUAAUUCGGUAUCAGCAAAAGUGUUGGAGGCUGUUGAAGCGGCUGGCAGCGAAUCACGGCAUAGCACAUCCAUCAAUGUUUCAUUGAGUACUGGCGUUGAGACUGGACCAGUUGAAGUUGGAGAUAGACCAGUGGAGCCUGUACAUAUACUCAGCAUUGCCGUGAAGGAUAGUGGCAAUGUGGAUGACGCUACAAUGGCUAGAGAAUUUGGUGACUGGUGUGCUACUAAUAAAGAUGAACUUAUUGCACGUGGUAUACGAAGAGUGACAUUUGCUGCCCUUAAAAAGAGACAAUUCCCAAAAUUCUUCACAUUCCGUCAAAGAGAUGGAUUCGUUGAAGAUAAGAUAUACCGUCAUUUAGAACCCGGUUGUGCGUUCCAAUUGGAACUUAAUAGAAUGAGAACAUACGAUUUAGAAGCUUUACCUACAUCCAAUCAAAAGAUGCACCUUUACUUGGGAAAAGCCAAGGUUGCCAAAGGACAGCAGGUUACAGACUACCGAUUCUUUAUACGUUCGAUCAUUCGCCAUUCGGAUCUUAUUACGAAAGAGGCAAGCUUUGAUUACUUGCACAAUGAAGGUGAACGUGUUUUACUCGAAGCUAUGGAUGAACUCGAGGUGGCCUUUUCUCAUCCACUUGCCAAGCGCACUGACUGCAAUCAUAUUUUUUUAAACUUCGCACCCACCGUUAUCAUGGACCCUGCUAGAAUUGAAGAGAGCGUAACCAGCAUGGUUCUCAGAUAUGGCCCACGACUGUGGAAACUACGAGUUCGUCAGGCUGAAAUAAAAAUGACAAUUAGACCAGCCCCUGGAAAACCUACAUCUUAUGUACGACUUUGCAUUGCCAAUGACAGUGGUUACAGCAUCGAUUUACAUCUGUAUACUGAAGCCACUGAUCCAAAAACGGGUGUGAUUCGUUUCGAAUCUUAUGGUUCUUCUGCCUCAAGUCCAUUGGGUUACAGACCUGGUCCUAUGCAUGGUUUACCAAUUUCUACACCAUACCUCACAAAGGAUUAUCUACAAGCUAAAAGAUUCCAGGCUCAGAGCGCUGGAAGUACGUAUGUCUACGACUUGCCUGACAUGUUCCGGCAGCAGAUUGAGAAAGCUUGGGUUAAGUACAUAGAAGAACGACCUCAGUCUGAAAAUAUAAAGGUACCUAGUCCAGUGAUGGAUUGCGUUGAGUUAGUAUUGGACGGUGACAAUCUUGUGGAGCAAAAGCGUCUCCCUGGUGAGAACGACGUUGGUAUGGUAGCUUGGAAAUUCAGCAUCUACACACCAGAAUAUCCAACCGGAAGGGAUAUAAUUUUAAUUGCCAAUGACUUGACACAUCUCGUUGGUUCAUUUGGUCCAAGAGAAGAUCUUGUAUUCUAUAAGGCUUCUGAACGAUCAAGGCAGCUUGGUAUCCCACGAGUUUACUUUUCAGCAAAUUCUGGAGCUCGUAUUGGUAUGGCUGAAGAGGUCAAAGCUGUGUUCCGCAUUGCAUGGGAAGAUGAUAACGAACCAGAAAAAGGCUUCCGAUAUAUUUAUCUAACACCCGACGACUAUGCUCGAUUGGCACCACUCAACUCUAUAAAGGCUUCUUUGAUUGAAGAACCGAAUGGCGAAUCACGUUAUAAAAUUACAGAUAUCAUUGGCAAGGAUGAUGGACUUGGUGUUGAAAAUCUCAAGUUCGCUGGUAUGAUAGCUGGUGAAACAUCUAGGGCAUACCAACAGGUAGUUACGAUAUCGAUAGUGUCAUGUCGUGCAAUUGGUAUCGGUUCAUACCUGGUACGUCUGGGCCAGAGACUUAUUCAAAUUGAAAAUUCACAUAUAGUUCUGACUGGUUACAAAGCGUUGAACUCUGUUUUGGGUCGUGAAGUAUACGCCAGUAAUAACCAAUUGGGUGGAACACAGAUCAUGUAUAACAAUGGUGUCACUCAUGCCACGGAUCCAAGAGAUCCGGAUGGUGUGGCGACUGCACUAAGAUGGCUUAGCUAUGUUCCUAAAGUUAAAGGCGCAUCACUUCCUAUCCUUCCUGCACCACAUCCCGAUCCAAUUGACAGGGAAAUUGGCUUUCUGCCUACAAAAACACCGUACGAUCCAAGAUGGAUGCUCGAUGGUAGAAUUUCAUCGAACGACUCUUCAACCUGGGAAAGUGGUUUCUUCGAUCGGGGAUCUUGGCUUGAAAUUAUGAGACCGUGGGCACAAACUGUAGUAACAGGACGUGCAAGACUUGGCGGAAUUCCAUGCGGUGUAAUAGCCGUGGAAACGAGAACUGUAGAAUUACAUCUUCCAGCUGAUCCUGCAAAUCUUGAUUCAGAGGCUAAAACGGUUUCUCAAGCUGGACAGGUAUGGUACCCUGAUAGCGCAUACAAAACUGCUGAGGCAAUUAAAAACUUCGGUAAGGAAGAGCUGCCAUUAUUCAUAUUUGCCAACUGGCGUGGAUUUUCUGGUGGUAUGAAAGAUAUGUACGAACAAAUAUUAAAAUUCGGCGCAUACAUCGUGGAUGGAUUGAGAGAGUACACGAAGCCAGUUUUCAUAUACAUUCCACCAAGUGGAGAGCUCCGAGGAGGAUCUUGGGGUGUGGUAGAUCCCACUAUCAAUCCACGGCAUAUGGAAAUGUUUGCUGAUACCACAAGCAGAGGAGGUGUGCUGGAGGCUGAAGGAAUCGUAGAAAUUAAGUUUAGGAGUAAAGACAUUCUCAAGACGAUGCACAGGGUAGAUUCAAUCAUCAUUAGCCUUAAGGAAAAACUCACAGGCACAAUCUCCAGUGAAGAACGUGCAGAUAUAGAGGCUCAAAUUCGCAACAGAGAAAAGUUCUUGGAGCCGAUGUACCACACAGUAGCUGUCCACUUUGCAGAUCUUCAUGAUACUCCUGAACGUAUGUUAGAAAAAGGAGCUAUUCAGGAAAUCAUUCCAUGGAGGAGUGCACGUCGGCUCCUUUACUGGAGACUCAAACGUAAACUUCUCGAGGAGGAGGUCAAGUGUGAAAUAUUGUCAACGCAAUCAACCUUAGCAGUGAGAGCAAUCGAUGCGAUGUUGAGACGCUGGUUUGUCGAGGACAAAGGAGCCACCGAAUCCUACCUUUGGGAUCAAGAUGAAGCUGCUGCAACUUGGUUGGAAAUUCAAAGAAAUAAUGAAGGCAGUGUUAUGAGGCGCAAUAUCAAUUGCGUAAAACGAGACGCUCUAGUGACCCGAAUCAAGGAAUCGCUCGAAGACUAUCCGGAAGUUAGGCUGGAUGCUGCUCUCGAAAUUGCGCACAGAUUGCAACCUGCAGAACGCGCCGAACUGCUACGGACUUUAUCUCAAUUGGAAGCUUCCGGUCCAGAACAUCACAACGAUUCUAGUUCUUCGUCUUAACUCUGUCCAUAUCACAAAUUUCCUUCGUAUCCCGAUAUACCUGGUGUAUGUAUCUCUAUUAGUGCAUAUUAUUUGUUCAAAUACUUUGUGAUAUAUCUCAUUAUUAAUGUUAACUUUUCAGGAACUUGUAGUACCUUACAAAUUUUACAUUUGUCUAGAAUGAAUAUUCUUAUCAGAAAGGAACGAUUCGAUAGCCCAUCAUCUGUUGACAUUGAUGAUAUUGAUGAAUAAUUUGAUAUCAUUAAUGCCAUCUAGCGAUUACGAUAAUUUGUACAUCUCUAUUAUGUAAUAACAUCAUGCGUGUAACUGAGAAUAUAGAGAGAUUAUAUAUUUAUUUUUAGAAGAAAGUGUAAGAUAUUUAUUAGGCGACCUUGUACAUUUACUAAAGACAAUUCAGAUUCAACCAAAUCUUUUAUUUUCAUUAUUUUGUUUUUCUCAUAUAUUUAUUUAAAAGGAACUCCAAGUAAUCUUCACACAAUGCUAAUUUACUUUGACGUCCUGAUAUAUGUACAAACGCUCCUAGUACUUUCUCAGUAUGCGAUUAUUUCAAUGGUCCGUCUUAAAGGUGUAAUACAAUUUUGUACACAGGA